CCUCUGCACAAACCAGAGGCACUGAAGGCAGGCGGCAGGGUCCGGGUAGUCCUCGGCCAGGGGCAGCCUCCGGGUCACAGCGAGCAGAAGUCCCGGAGGGCGGUGGCCGGUGCGCUCUGGUCACCCGAAUUCUCUCUAGCGGGAGAACGUGUGUGGCCCUGGCGGGAGCUCCGCCAAACAAGCGGUGGCUGCGGCUGGCGAGCGCGCGCCCGGCGGUGCUGCGAGUGUGUGUGUGUGUGUGUGUGUGUGUGUGUGUGACAAGCGUCAGGUGACUCGGGUCACGCCGUCACUCCCUCGCGCUCCCGGGGAGAACUGCCGCGCUCCGGCUGGCUCCUCCGGCAGCAGCGGCAGGGAGGGGGCUGGGCUCUGCUGCCACCCCCUUUGCUCACCAGGCGCGGCCCCGGGGGCGCUGCGGGCCACUCGGCCCACGCGGGACCUCGGAGGCAAGCGCGGGCGUGAUGAGCCAGGUGCUGGGCAAGCCGCAGGGUGAGGACGGCGGCGACGACGAGGAGGAGGAUGAGCUGGUGGGGCUGGCGGGCUACGAGGAUGGGCCCGAGUCCUCGGACGCCGAGCUGGACAGCGGGCCGGAGGAGGGAGUUCUGGACUUCAGCGACCCCUUCAGCACUGAGGUGAAGCCCAGAAUCCUGCUCAUGGGUCUCCGGAGGAGCGGCAAGUCGUCCAUACAGAAAGUCGUCUUUCACAAAAUGUCCCCGAGCGAGACGCUGUUCCUGGAGAGCACCAACAGGAUCUGCCGGGAAGAUGUCUCCAACAGCUCCUUCGUCAACUUCCAGAUCUGGGACUUCCCGGGCCAGAUUGACUUUUUUGAUCCUACUUUUGACUACGAGAUGAUCUUCCGGGGGACAGGGGCACUGAUCUUUGUCAUCGACUCCCAGGAUGAAUAUAUGGAAGCGCUGGCCAGGCUCCAUCUCACAGUGACCCGGGCCUAUAAGGUGAACACCGAGAUCAACUUCGAGGUGUUUAUUCAUAAAGUAGAUGGUCUGUCAGAUGAUCACAAAAUUGAAACCCAGAGAGACAUUCACCAGAGGGCAAAUGACGACCUUGCUGAUGCUGGAUUAGAAAAAAUUCACCUGAGCUUUUAUCUGACAAGCAUAUAUGAUCAUUCAAUAUUUGAAGCCUUUAGUAAAGUCGUUCAGAAACUGAUCCCACAGCUCCCGACGCUGGAGAAUCUGCUGAACAUCUUUAUCUCAAAUUCUGGAAUUGAGAAAGCGUUUCUGUUUGACGUGGUCAGUAAGAUUUAUAUCGCAACUGACAGCACGCCUGUGGACAUGCAGACGUAUGAGCUCUGCUGCGACAUGAUCGACGUGGUGAUUGACAUCUCUUGUAUUUAUGGUCUCAAAGAAGAUGGAGCAGGUGCCCCGUAUGACAAGGACUCGACGGCCAUUAUAAAGCUGAAUAACACGACAGUUCUUUAUUUAAAAGAGGUCACAAAGUUUUUGGCGCUCGUUUGCUUCGUCAGGGAGGAAAGCUUUGAAAGAAAAGGGCUUAUCGACUAUAAUUUCCACUGCUUCCGGAAGGCGAUCCAUGAAGUCUUUGAGGUGAGGAUGAAGAUGGUGAAGUCUCGAAAGGCCCAGAGUCGGCUACCCAAGAAGACAGGAACUACUCCCAAUGGGACCCCUAGAGUGCUGCUGUAGGGGAGUCGUCGGGAGCCUGAGUCCAGACCUCAGGGAGGAGGCUAUCAAACUCUACUGCACUACAGGAGGGCUGGGACCCUAACUCAUGUGUUAAGGAAGAAAAAAAACACUCUUUUUAAAAUAAAAUAAGCACUUUGAAGCAAAAACCUGUACAAUAACGGUGAGAUCCCCUGUACUGUCACUACUUAAGUGUAAACUUUUAUGUUGAUAGAAAAAAUCCUUGUGAGAACUGCCAGGAACUGUACAUAUUUUACAUUUUUUCAUUUUUUUUUCUCAUUGAGGUGAACUUUGAUAAGAUGACUUUUCUAAACUCUUUUUUUCUGUACUUGGUGACAAGGACACACAUACUGUAGUCCAUACGGCAAUCGGAAAUUAAUCCAGUAUAUUGCUGAAGACUUUUUGUAAAUCUGGGACUCUUUGCUGCCAGUUGUCAAAGGGGAAAUCGCUUUCCAGUGGAGCAGCAACAGGUCAGGGCUGGAAGCUCCAAGGAAGAGCAAUAAGGACUUCUUUAGUUAUAAGAAGUGCAACGGGAAUUCUGUAGCUGGACGGUGGUGGUGCAUGCCUUUAAUCCCAGCAGGUGGAUCUCUGUGAGUUUGAGGUCAGCCUGGUUUACAUAGUGAGUUCCAGCUACACAGAGAAGCUCUGUCUCAAAACCAACCAACCUACCAACCCCCCCCCCCCCAAUUACCGCAAAAAAAACAAACAAACAAACAAAAAAAACCACAGGAAUUUUGUAGAUAAGUACUACUAUCAAAUUUACCUACACGUUUGUGUCCCUUUGCCUUCUGACUCACCUAGUCUAUGGAACUCUUUACCUCAGGAUACCUUAGUAGUCACCUUGUGCAGAUGGGUGAUUUCUUUUUGGUGCAGUAUUCUAGCGAACCUUUGGGACCAGAUUUCUAAAGUGAUGCCAAUCAGUGUAGAGAAAUACGAAUGUCGUCUGAGGAGAUUGGGACAGAUAGCAUUGAUUUGUGGAAGGAAAAACUGUAGAGGCAUACGUACGUACCUGCCGAGGAGGCUGAAAUACACAGGCCCAGAGGGUUCCCAGAUGUGGUGGAGGCCACGCAGACUAAAGAUGCAUGUGGCCUUUCGUGUAUUUGGCUCCUGCGAAUGCACCGUGCUCAAAGUCCUUGUUCAGGACCAGUUUUCCAUGCUCCAUGACCACGGUAGUGGGCAGAACUUCAUUGAGUUUAGUCCUGAUGGCUCCGUGUGUUACCUGACAAUGAGUAUGACAACUUUCAUCUGUGACAACUCUCCUCACAUCCUCUGCCUGACCCUACCAAGCUUGCUCUAUAAGACCGAAGACACGGAAAGCCUGUGGCCAGUGGGCAAAAGGUGGCCAAGACAGGUGUGUCAGUCAACUAUGUGAGUGUUUUUUCAGAUCGGUAGGGAACUGAGAGUCCUAAAUCUAGCCCUACUAUUUCACACCGUUCCAAGGGUUAGCAUUGUCAGGUGUGCAUGGCGUUAGCAAAGAUUCUUUUUAAAGCAGAAUCCCCUAGGGAUGUCAAAGCUGAUUGUCCCUGAAACUCACUUCUUUAAGCAUCAUCUUCCUGUCUUCUCACUCCCCAGAUUCUUUAUUGUUUGAGACAGUGUAUCUCUGUGUAGCCUUGGCUAUCCUGGAACUCACUAUAUAGACCAGAUUGUCCUUGAACUCAGAGAUUCACCUGCCUCUGCUUCCCCAGGUGAUCAAAGGCGAACACCACCAUGGCCGGCCAGGUCUUUAUAUACUUUUGAAGCUGGUAACUGAAACUGGAGAAUCAUGAUACCAUGGCUCCUUCCUUAUGAUUUCUGUGAAGAGACUUGAAUGAGACGCUAGGAGCCUGGAGUUUUCCUUAAUUUUCAGGACUAUUCCCUGAUGGCCUCUGCCAACAGGUUGGAUGGAGGUUGGCCACUUUAAGAGUCUAACACCAUCCCCUCACUGUGCACCCCCACAAAGAUACUCUAAGAGUGAGGUGCAUAGUUUGCUUAUUUUGAGUGGGGGGGGGGGGUCAGAGGUAACCCAGGCUGGCCUCAAACUUGCCACGUAGCCAAGGAUGCUCUCCAGUUUCCAAUCCUUCAGCCUCUACUUCCCCUAAGUGCUAGGGUUAUAGGAAUAUGCCACCAUGCUUGGCUUCAACAGUGCUAACAACUGAACCCAGAGCGUUGUGCAUGUGAGGGCGAGUGCUCUACCAAGCUAGUGUCCCCUGCUCCCUUUCUUAAUUUCUCUUUGAAUAGACAAAUAAUUGGGUUUUUAAUAAGACUUUAGUUUCAAGAUAAGACACUUGCCUGUCUGGCAAACCACAUGGCAUUAGCAUGUCUAGGUGGCGCUUCCAUUUUUAAGCUGGUUAUAUAAUGGUUUUUGUUGUUGUUGAAAUGUGCCUUAAAAGCCUGUCACUUCAAGAGCAUGUGCUUCUUUGAGGGAUAGGCUGGAACACUUCCUGUGACGUAGGGCCCGCCCACGUUCCUGAUCAUAAAUGCACUCUUUAGUUACAACGAUGAUUCCUGCCUCUAGCCUGGUGUGACAAUGACCUCUUGAAGAUGUCUGAAGGGUGAAGUUUCCAUCUGUGACUAGAGCAAAAUGUCCUCACAGUUGCUUUGUAUUUUAUAUUAGAUUUGGUAUUAGUUAACUUACCGAACUGUCAUCUGUGUCUAUGCUUAAAUGACACUAUAAACAGAAAGGUCAAACUGGCUACCGUGGCUUCAGUAGAACAUGUGUUUGGUUUUAGGAGUUGAGAACUUGAAGAUGUGUAGGGCGGGCAGGCUUUUGCUCUCCGAGUCAAGUACAACUUCUAUGUAACAGUUGUACUGAAUUACUUGUCUUAGUUAACCAUAAUUACGGAGGUUAGCAUGAGGACCUGUAUAGAGUGCUUUUGAAGGAGUAGAAAUAAACGCUGAUUAAUAGAUACCAAGUGUUAUUUUGUGAACAUAAUAUAUUUUGGGCCCUUCGGCAGUACUGUGAUAUGUGAGUUAUCUGCCAACUGUGUCUGAAAAAGAAUUCAUCAAAUCCACGGAACUGUCGUGAUUAAACUACAGUAUGCACUCAACAAACACAGGCGGGGUGUAGUUUGUAAUCAAGCACACUGUUUUACUGUUGAUAGGACAUCAUUUGUGACACAGUCUUCAGGGAUGUUAACUGCCAACUUGAAAGCAUGUUUGUGUACCCAUGGCUUGACAUACCCAUAGCUUAGUUUUCUGGGAGCAGAAUGAAGUCUUUUGUUGAAAUUUACGAUGCUGUUUACUAUAUAUACAUAGUCACUGUUUUAUUGGUUAUGUUAGGUUCAUUUAAUAAAAAGUUUAAAAAAAACAA